AUGCAACAAGAAAUGUUUUCUCAACCUCUUCUUAAUUUUCUUUCUGUUCAAUCUUUACUUCAAUUUAUUGAACAAAAUCCAGAUAGCUUCCCUGAGUUUGAACAACGUGUAUUUCCUCAAAGAGCAGCUACUAUUGAAGAAGAAAUUGACUUUAAUGAGGAAAAUGUGAGAAUUUUUCGGUUUCCUUGGUUAAAAACUCCUCAUUUUGAUGGACAUUUUGAUUUACAAAAAACAGAUGAAUUAAUUGGUCGGUCAUUAGAAUUAUUAAGUUGGAAUUUAAAAAUUGGUGAAAAUAAUAAUGAAAAUAUUUUGACUUCCUCAAUUUGUUUUUUGGGUAUUUUAUUGUCUGGAAAAUAUCAACAAGGAUUGGAUAAAAUUGAAGAAAUUCAGAAUUUGGUUUCACCUAUUGAUUUACCUAUUUUAUUAAAAACACUUCAAAUUGCAAUUCCAUUUUUGAAAAAUAAACUUGAAGCUACUAGAAAAAGUGAAAAUAAUAAUGAAAUUGAGAAAGAAGAAAAUGUUUUGGAAAAUCAACAGAAAGGAGAAGAAUUAAUUGCAAAAUUAGAAAAUAUUUAUUCAUCCAUUGUCGAUAACGGAAAUAAAUCUCCAAUUUUAUUAUGGGAAAUAUUGCAAAAAGAAUUACUUUCACUACAAAAAAGUUUUGAAUUUACUUUAAUGAAUGAACAGAAAAAAUUAUUUAAAGAAUGGGAAAAUAAAAGAAUUAAAUUAAUUGAAACUCAAACAGAACGAAUGGAAAUUAAUUUAAGAUUGGAUGAAAUUAAAAAACGUCAAAAAGAAAUUAAUUAUCAAAAAGAUUUACUUCAAUUCUUUGAAAAUCGGCAUAUUUGGGAGGAUAAAGCACUUCAGAGACGUAUAUUAGAAGAGGAAUUGGAUAUGUUUAAAAAUAGGGGAAGUUUAACAGAAGAGGAAUAUGGACAAACACUUUUCCAAAUGAGUCAAUUACUUAAAGAAGGCAAAACAGCCAGUCAAGCACUUGAAACUUUAAAGCUGGGAUCAAAUCCAGAAGAAAUUCAAGUAAAGCUGACAUCUAAACCAGAAAAAAGAAAAUGA